AUGGCUUGUUUUCUGGCAUCUGCCUUUCUUUUGGUUCUCCAGACAUAUGCUGCCCCACCUGAACUUGUCCAGGCAGGAUUUGGCAUAACAAUGAACCCCAUGGAUCUUGAUCCUGGACUAUUAGCCAAUGUCUCUGGAGAUGUGUCCUCAUCUCCACCGCCAGGAACUAGCAAACGAGCCCCUCAUAGUAUAAUUAUUGGGGUACGCAAGGGGGGCACAAGAGCGCUGUUGGAAAUGUUAGACAUACACCCUGAGGUUGCUGCUGCUGCCACCGAGGUGCACUUCUUUGACUGGGAUGAGAACUAUGCCAAGGGCUUUGAGUGGUACCGCGACUUGAUGCCUUACUCGUACCCUCACCAGAUCACAAUAGAGAAAACUCCAGGUUACUUUACAUCAGCUCUCGCACCAGAACGCAUCUGUGCCAUGAACUCAUCCAUAAAGCUGUUGCUGAUCUUGCGUGACCCAGCCGAGCGGGUCAUCUCCGACUACACCCAGGUGUACUUCAACCGUCUGGAGAACCACAAACCGGUGCAAGCCAUUGAGAACCUGCUAGUGCGCAAUGGAGCUUUGAAUAUCCGGUACAAGGCCAUUCAGAGGAGCCUGUACGACGUCCACAUGCGCAACUGGCUGCGCCACUUCCCCCUGGAGCAGAUACACAUCGUAGAUGGGGAUGCUCUGAUUCGUGACCCCCUGCCAGAGCUUCAGAAGGUGGAGCGUUUCCUCAACUUGCCCCCCAGGAUAGUAUCCACCAACUUCUACUUCAACCAGACCAAAGGGUUUUACUGUAUCCGAAGCGAUGGUCGAGAGCGUUGUCUGCAUGAAUCUAAGGGACGUCCCCACCCAGCGGUCAACAGCACUGUGCUCCAACAACUCCGCUCUUACCUACAGGAACACAACCGAACCUUCUUCAGGCUGGUGAAGCGUACCUUCGACUGGCAAUAA